AUGGACACCGGCAGUAUCGUCUCCGAGCUUCGCCAGACCUUCGAAAGCGGCAAAACUCGUCCUAUUGCUUAUCGCAAAGAGCAGCUGCGGAAUUUGUGGCAUCUUGUUGUUGUAAGGCCGUUCAAACUCAAGCAUACGAAGGCUGUUUACUCACCAAUUUUGCGUUACUAUCCAAAGGAUAAUCGGGAUCGAUUUGCGGAAGCUAUUUUCAAGGAUGUCGGGAAGCCGCCUGUUCAAGUCGAAGCCUUUGAGGUUCUGACCGUUGCGAAUGAUAUAGUUCAUAUGUUGCAAAAUCUUGACGACUGGCUUAAAGAUGAGUCGGUCGAGACCCUGCCUUCUUUCGAGAAUUGGUCUCCAAUCAUUCGAAAACGGCCAAAGGGGGUCGUUCUCAUUCUUGGAACCUGGAAUUACCCUUUGACAUUGACGCUUCUCCCGUUCUCCGGACUCAUUGCUGCUGGAAAUGCCGGUAUCCUACGUCCUAGUGAAUUCGCUCCUCAUACCGGUGAUCUUAUUGCAGAACUAUUCCCCAACUAUCUGGACCCGAGCAGCUUCCGUUGCGUCCUCGGAGGUAGGGAAGCCGCCGAGAGUCUGCUAAAACACCCGUACGGACAUAUUCUCUUCACCGGUGGACUCACAGUCGGCAAGGAAGUCAUGAAAGCAGCUGCUCAAAAUAUCACACCGGUCACAUUGGAGCUUGGUGGCAGGAAUGCCGCCAUUGUGUCGAAUAAGGCCAAUGUCCGUAUGGCAGCGAAAAGGAUUCUUUGGGCGAAAGCUGCUGCUGCUGGUCAGACCUGCUUUGCGCCCAAUGUUGCUAUUGUGCAUGACGCUGUGUAUGAUGAGUUUUUAGACGCGCUUAAAGAUUACUAUGCCGAAUUUUACAAGGGAAAGCCAAAACAUGCCGCAGUCGGCAACAUCGUGAAUGCCAAUGAAUUUUCACGAGCGCGGUCAUUAUUCACGUCGACAAAAGGGAAAGUUCUUCUUGGUGGGACACUCGACGAAAAGACUAGAUUCAUUGAGCCCACAAUUGUCACGGAUGUCAACGAAGACGACGCCAUUUUGCAAAGCGAGAUGUUCGGACCCAUCCUCCCAAUCCUCCGUGCCACUGACAUCAUACAUGCCCAGGCUCUCGUCAGGUCGAUCGCUCCUGAAUCUCUGGGUCUAUACAUCUUCACCGAAGAUAUGGAAGAAGCAAACAGCGUCGUCAACACCCUCCCCAACGGAUCCGCUUGUAUCAAUGAUUUGAUGGGUCAAGUUGCACCGCCGAGUAUGCCUUUCGGUGGGUUUGGUAAGAGUGGAUUUGGCUCGUAUCGUGGUAAAGCCAGUAUCGAUACCUUCUCACAUAAGCAAUCUAUAGUGUCUGUGCCAACGGUUCCGGAGUUUGAACAGAUGUUGGAAUGGAGGUAUCCAUAUGCUGAUCAGGCGAAGACUGUAGAGUAUAUUCGGGCUAAUAUGUUGGCUCCUCUUCCUCCUCAAUAA